ACUGUGAUUGGUCAAUUUGCUUAUUGCUUAUGUUUUUCUAUGUGUCGCGGUCCUUAACCGUCGUGCAUGGAAGACAGGGUUAGGUUCCUCAUGGUCGGAACGAAAUGUCGUGCCGCUAAUGCGUCGACAAGAAUACAAAUUUGCGUGGACGCACGUAAUCUUGGAGCGGUGUCAAACAACCGAAAAAAAACGAGUGAGAAAAUCAUCGUUGCUGGCAGCGUGACAGCUCGUUCGCGUGCAAAGUACCGCAGUAAGCGGAAAGAGAGGUUAGGCCAUGGCGAAGUACCUGAUACAGAUUAUCGUGAUGGGCACGCAGGUCAUCGGUAAAGCUUUUGCACGUGCAUUGCGUCAGGAGAUCGCGGCGAGUCAAGAAGCGGCGCGAAGGGCAGGCGGUGGAAGACAAGGGGCACAACAUGCUGCCGCUAAUAACAGGACCGGACUCACACUGGAUGAAGCUCUUCGCAUCCUUAACGCAGAACGUUCCGACCAGACAGAAGUGAUCGAGCAAAACUACAAAUACCUCAUGGAAGCUAACGACAGAUUAAAGGGUGGCUCGUUCUAUCUACAGUCUAAGGUUGUACGCGCUAAGGAGCGCAUUGAUGAGGAACUUAAAUUUCAAAAAACAACAGCACCACCACCAUCGUCUCAGUCGCAAACAGGCGGCGAAGAAGCUUCCAAGCAACCAUAAAACUCACUUCUAGUCUAAAUUUACUUAUUUUAAUUCUAGAAAUUCUAGAAAUCUGUAUAUAAUAAUUCAUGAUAAAUAGUAAAGAUGUUGAACAGAA